AACCGGAUAUAAAUACUUAAUUUUCUAUUUCUUCAUUCUAUUACUUUAAUAUUCAUUUAAUAUGGCUGGCUGGCUGCAUGGCAUCGUAAUUAGUGGCGUAGUGCUCUCGUAGGAGUAGACUAGUUGUCUCGAGUUAGCGCGGCUUGCGGGUCUUGCCCAUUGAAGCGAGGCCAACCUAUUUCUAAAAAAAAAUAUUUUCCUAUUGCAGUGGAACUGGGUGACUUUCCUGAAUACCAUGUACGAUGGUAUUCACACUUUCACCAACGACAGCCAGGUCAUUGUCAAAAACCGACCAUUUUUUGAGUCCUUCGUUUCCUACAUUGGAAGUAGCAGCAAGCACAGGCGAGGGGCGCUCAACUACCUGGGCUUCUUCCUGCUGAUCUACCUGAUGCCGCUCUUCCCGGAAGAGCUGGCCAAGGACCGGACCCUGAUCGGCGCCAAAGUGCACUCGCCGAAGGACAUGUCGCGUAGGCCGCAGAUCUGCAUGCGUCGCACCGAGUUCACCUGCCCGUACGGCAUACCGUCCCUACUGGCGCACGUGUUGGCCAACUCCACCAGCCUGAGCGCCGUCACGCAGAACCUCACGUGGUGGAUCGACGACCUCAAGGGUGUUAUGAAACGCUUCGCGGGCAGUAUACACUGGCUGGAUGAAGAAGAAACGAAGCUGGUCAAAGAAAAGAUCACCAACAUGCAGAUUACAUUUAUAUUUCCCGACAUGUUCUUGAAGGCCAAGCCAAAUAUCAAGGACCUCAAGUGCGGCUAUAAACCGGACCUUUACAAGCAAGAUCCGAUAACACAUUUCAUUAAGGCGAUGUUCACCGGAGCUAAUGCGUCCAAGAGCGAACUCAAAACCAAGCAGCCACGUCCUAUGAUUCCAGUCGUUUCCAACUUUGAAUUUUCCGCAAGCUACAACCCAGAAGAGAACUCCCUGUAUGCGCCGAUGGGCCUGUUCGGGCAAAUACUUUACGCCAAAAGUAUGGAGGAAAAGAUAUUUUACACGUUCAAAGCUCUUCCCGACAUAAUUCGGGAAAUGUCUAAGGUGUUUAUGAAACGCAGUUUCUUGUCCGCCGGUAAGUUGUCCUGGAGCAACACUACGGGAGCCAAAUACGCAGACGUGGAAAGAUGCAUGUUCGAUUUCUACAAGGACACGGUCAGCGAUAUAACGUUCGAGGUUGCGGAGAAGUCUAUGGAAGACUUACUGGAAUCCCUGUUGGUUGAAGCGGUGAUGUUCCGUCCCCUACAAGAGUCUCAGUGCGAGGCCUCUAAGCCGAUAAAUGUGACAAAGGAGGUUCUCAUCCAACUGGGAGUGCCAGGAAGAAUCAGACUCACAAGGUCUAUUUCUGCACUCAAGGAUUUUUCGGAAGCAUUCAACUGCAAUGUCACUCAAUCCAUGACAGGCUUCUUGAAAUUUAACUGCCCUAUAUACGAAGACAAGGGGCCUGAACAUUACGCUGGAAUAUUAUUUUAAUUAUUCGUUGUUUCGAAGAAGUCUUUCACCCAGCUCAACGUAAUGCAACAUAAGCCUUAAGCAACAAAGGUAUUGAAGAGAAGUACUCGCUGUAGGCCUAUAGAAUACAAUACUCUGCGCAAUAAAAUACGCAA